AUGUCUCUAGCUAAUAGUAAACAAAUAUCAGCUGCAUCAUUGCAGCCAGAAGUAUGGACGUCGUCCUCGAACGAAUCGCUCAAACUAUUCAUCACGAACGCCGAACAAGCAGUCAACUUCAAACCGGUGUUCACCUAUCCCAUAUUUGGCGAUGCCGAAACCAUAUACGGGUACAAGAACUUGAACAUCUUUCUCUGUUUUGACCACUACACAUUCAAGCCGUUUUUGAACAUCAAGUUUAGUGAGAAGCUCGAUGAUCCCGAAUUGGUGGACAUUAGGGCGACGAUGGAGAAAUAUUUACCUGAGGAUACCGUGUUCAAGGAUGAAGUUGCUUGGGUUGAUUCGAUUAACGAGGAAAAGAAAGCAAAUUAUAAGAUCCCGGGCACGCGAGUCGACUCAUUCCAGCGGGCGGGAAUUGACUAUGAGAUAUACAAGAUUGACCUUGGGGACACGGCGGGGCUCGAGUUGCAUAAGCGGUUGCAGAUCUUGGUGUUGCUCUAUAUUGAAGCUGGAUCUUUCAUCGACGCCAAGGAUGAACUAUGGGACUUGUAUGUUCUUUACGAAAAGCCAAAAGUAGAGGACGAAGAAGAAGGUGAGGAAGAGCCAUCGAUUGUUGGGUUCACCACGGCGUACAAUUACUGGAAAUACCCCGGCUUUGAAAAAUUCGACAAGGGAGAAUACGAGGUGCGCAUCAAGAUCUCGCAAUUCAUAAUCUUGCCCAUGUAUCAAGGCCAGGGGCUCGGCCAGCUGUUUUACUCGCAUUUGUACGACUACUGGUUGACCCAGGACCACAUCAAGGAGAUUGUGGUUGAGGAUCCCAACGAAGGGUUCGAUGAUAUGCGGGACAGAGCAGAUUUGAAAAAAGUGGCGGCGCAAGCAGACGACGAGAAGAUGGUUGCGCGCGAUAUCGACCAGGAGUGGGUCGACAAGACCCGAAAGGAGCUCAAGCUUGAAAAGCGACAGUUCUCGAGACUCUUGGAGUUGAUCUUGCUCUACAAAGUGAAGCACGGCGGAGACGUUUCUAAACCGGACGUUCGCAAGUUCAUCAAGCGGAGGCUAUAUAGGAAGAACAAGGAGGGUCUUGAAGGGUUGGAUGAGGCUACCAGGAAGGACAAGCUACAAACUGCCUACCAGGCGUUGGAGGAGGACUAUUAUAGAAUCUUGGGCGACGUCAAGCUUCCGUUGAAACGAAAGAGUGAAGCAGGCGGAGACGAUGCAAAGAAGCCGGCGAAGAAGAAGCUCAAGACUCAAACGUAG